AUGGAGGUCUACGUGGAUGACAUGUUGGUGAAAAGCCGAACGGCAGAGUGCCAUGUGGCUGACCUUAAUAAAAUAUUCUCCAAGCUCAGAAAGUACCAAAUGAAGCUCAACCCUGCAAAGUGCGCGUUCGGAGUCGCCUUGGGCAAAUUCCUGGGCUUCAUAGUAACCCAGUGCGGAGUCGAAGCUAAUCCCAAGAAGAUCCGAGCGCUGCAAGAGAUGGUACCUCCAAAGACAGUCAAAGAAGUACAGCGGCUUACUGGGCGGGUCGCAGCUUUGGGAAGGUUUGUCUCCAGGUCGGCAGAGCGCUGCCUUCCAUUGUUCAAGAUCCUUAAACGACCAAAGAACUUCUUAUGGUCGGAGGAAUGCCAGCAGGCCUUUGAAGAGCUUAGGUGUCUUCUUGCCUCCCCUCCGCUACUCACCAAGCCACAGCAAGGCGAGGUUCUUUACUUAUACUUGGCCGUCUCCCCGGUCGCAGUGAGCACAGUCCUGGUCCGGGAAGAGGAUAAGCUUCAGAAGCCUGUCUACUAUACCAGUCGGGUCCUCAGGGAUGCUGAGAUCCGAUAUUCUAAGCUUAAGAAGACAAUUUUAGCUCUGAUCAUUUCAACUCAGAGACUCCGGCCCUACUUUCAAGCCCACACUGUAGCCAUACUAACCGACCAGCCUAUGAAGCAAAUACUGCAGAGGUCGGACCGCGCCGGAAGGAUUGCCAAAUGGGCGGUUGAGCUCGGAGAGUUCGACCUCGAAUACCGGCCCAGGCCAGCUGUCAAAGCUCAAGCACUCGCCGAUUUCAUCGUGGAGUGCACUUUGCCGGAUGACCCCGAGCUGCCACUCAUACCAACGGAGGAGAGGCCGCCAUGGGUCCUAUAUGUGGACGGCUCCUCGACCUUGGGGGGUAGCGAAGCAGGACUCAUCCUCACCAGUCCGGAUGGGGUAGUUGCUGAGCAGGCCCUACGCCUCGAAUUUCCUGCCUCGAACAAUGAGGCAGAAUACGAGGCACUCAUUGCCAGGCUCAAAUUGGCGAAAGAGCUGAAGGCGGAAGACCUGAGGGUCUUCAGUGACUCCCAACUGGUCGUAAGCCAGGUCCUGGAAGAUUUUGAAGCAAAGGAACCCUCAAUGCAGAAAUAUCUUCAAAAGGUGCGGGAACUCAUAUCCGCCCUGGGCUCCUUCAACAUUCAGCAUAUCCCCAGAACGGAGAACCUCAGGGCUGACGAAUUCUCAAAGCUGGCGACCUCUCGCAUGAAUGAGCUCCCCAAGGCGACGGUGCUCGAAUAUCUCCAAACACCCAGCACAGAAGAGCUUGAGCCGACCAUGUGCAUCGACAUAGAGCCAAGCUGGAUGGAUGGGUUCGUCAACUAUCUACAGGAUGGAACCCUCCCUGACGACGAGCUGGAGGCUCGUCGAAUUAGGCGUCAAGCCCCCCGGUACAUACUAUAUGAAGGCAAGCUCUACCGUCGGUCAUUCACCUCUCCUCUCCUUAAAUGUCUCUGCCCCUCAGAGGCAAAAUUCGGACUCCCCCGUAUCCUUCUAUCUGACAACGGCCGUCAAUUCGACAACGUCCGUUUUAGAGAAUUCUGCUUCGAGCUCGGCAUCGACCACCGCUUCACCUCAGUAUUCUAUCCACAGACGAAUGGAGAGACUGAGGUGACAAAUCGCACCAUUCUCCAGGGGCUCAAAGCUAGACUCGACCGAUCCAAGGAACAAUGGGUCGAAGACCUCUACAAUGUCCUUUGGGCCUACAGAACAACAUUCCGACUUUCUACCGGCGAGACCCCAUUCAACCUGGCAUAUGGGACAGAGGCAGUUAUUCCUCUAGAAAUCGGACUCCCUUCACCGAGGGUGGAACACUACGACACAGUUUCCAACUCAUCUCAGCUUAUGGGCAACCUGGAUCUCAUAGAAGAAACGAGGGAGGCAGCCCAGGUCCGGAUGAUGAGAUAUCAAUAA